AUGAAGAAAGAAAUCUUUUCAACUUGGACUUAACGAAAAGAAUCACGAAGAAACAUUUGUGAUCUUCUGUCUUGUAAUUUCUUAGAAAUUCUUCUUUUCAACUUACUUGGAAAACAUUUCUUGGGUGUUUUUAGUUGAUUACAAAGAGAGCUGCAGCUAGAGCUAGUUGAUAGUUUUCUUGUUUCAAGUUCACCUCAGUGUCUUGUCUGUAUAUGUUGUUGUACAUUUGGUGGGAAACUAAAGUCUUGGUGGGUGAAAUUAGUUUUGAAACCAAAAACAAAUUGGGUAUCAACUGAAUAAUAAUAAUCAAUAAUGAGAAUGCGAAAUUGAGAUUCUUCUAAAGUUUUACGAUGCCGCGGAGAGGGAUAAGAUUUAGUAAACUGUACUCAUUUUCAUGUUUAGGUUCAGUGUUUAAAGAUGAUCAUAAACAAAUAGGCGAAGAAGGUUAUUCAAGAGUUGUAUAUUGCAAUGAUGCUGAUAAUAUAGAAGCUAGUCAGCUUGAUUACAAGGGUAAUUAUGUAUCUACUACUAAGUAUACACUGGUUAAUUUUAUACCUAAAUCUUUGUUUGAACAGUUCAGGAGAGUUGCAAAUAUAUAUUUUCUUGUUGUAGCUUGUGUUUCAUUUACUCCAUUAGCACCUUAUACAGCUGGUAGUAUUCUCUUUCCUUUGGUCGUUGUUAUUGGAGCUACUAUGGCUAAAGAAGGUGUCGAAGAUUGUAGGCGUCGAAAUCAGCUUUGCUAUCAAUUGGACCUCGGAGACUUUCUUGGUUCUUUCUCAAUUUCCAAUAGAAACAGCAGUGCGGUCCUGUGGUCAAUUGAUAUUUUAGAUUUUUCCCUAAUUUUGUGCAUGGGUUUGGAUAUAGAAGCUAAUAAUCGAAAGGUCAAAUCUUAUGGUGCUGAUCAUACUUUUCAUGAAAACAAAUGGAAGAAACUACGAGUAGGAGAUCUUGUUAAAAUUGGAAAAGAUGAAUUCUUUCCUGCUGAUCUUCUACUGCUUUCAUCUAGUUAUGAGGAUGGGAUUUGUUUUGUCGAGACAAUGAAUCUUGAUGGUGAGACAAACUUGAAAGCUAAGCAAUCUUUGGGUGAGACUUCUUCCCUGAGAGAUGAGUACUCCUUUAAGAAAUUUAAGGCACUGAUCAAAUGUGAGGAUCCAAAUGAAAAUCUGUAUUCUUUUGUUGGAAGCUUGUAUUAUGAUGGCAAGCAGUAUCCUCUUUCACCACAGCAGAUUCUUUUAAGAGAUUCAAAGCUUCGAAAUUCUGAAUAUGUCUAUGGAGUGGUGGUUUUUACGGGUCAUGACACGAAGGUGAUGCAGAAUGCUACAGAACCUCCUUCUAAGAGAAGUAAGGUCGAGAGGAAAAUGGAUAAGAUAAUAUAUAUACUUUUCAGUACCCUAAUUUUGAUAUCUUCUAUUGGAUCCAUAUUCUUUGGUGUCACAACAAGGGAGGAUAUUGAAGGUGGAAAGAUUAAAAGGUGGUAUCUUAGACCGGAAGAUACCACUGUGUAUUUUGACCCAAGGCGAGCAACUUUAGCAGCAGGUCUUCAUUUCCUUACGGGCCUAAUGUUAUAUGGUUAUUUGAUACCUAUAUCCUUGUAUGUAUCCAUAGAAGUAGUGAAGGUUUUACAGAGUAUAUUUAUUAACCAGGAUCAGGAUAUGUAUCAUGAGGAAACAGAUAGUCCAGCACAUGCCCGCACGUCAAAUUUGAAUGAGGAACUUGGUCAGGUUGAUACUGUUCUAUCGGAUAAAACAGGCACUCUGACGUGCAACUCAAUGGAAUUUGUUAAAUGUUCCAUAGCUGGUACUGCUUAUGGUCAUGGUUUGACAGAAGUAGAGAGAGCUGUAGCAAGGAAAAAAAUGGAUGACUCACCUGAACUUGGUGAUCCAUCAUUUGAUUUGGAGAACCAUGAUGGUGGCUCAAAAUUGCCAGUGAAAGGCUUCAACUUCAAAGACGAGCGUAUCAUGAAUGGACAGUGGGUUAAGCAGCCUUCUGCAGAUGCCAUCCGGAACUUCCUUCGCAUUUUAGCAAUCUGCCAUACAGCGAUUCCUGAUGUAAAUAAGGAAACAGGUGAAAUAUCUUAUGAGGCCGAGUCUCCAGAUGAAGCGGCUUUUGUGGUUGCUGCACGGGAACUUGGGUUUGAAUUCUACAAAAGGACUCAGACAAGCAUCUCAUUGCAUGAGUUUGAUCCUCAGACUGGAAAGAUAGUUGACAGAUCAUUUAAGCUGCUUCAUGUUAUCGAGUUUAGUAGUUCUCGUAAGCGAAUGUCUGUGAUUGUGAAAGAUGAAGAAGGUCAAGUAUUACUCCUCUGCAAGGGGGCAGACAGCAUAAUGUUUGAUAGGAUUUUGGAGGAUGGGCAACAGUUUGUUGCUAAGACCAAGGAGCACAUCAAGAGUUAUGCCGAGGCUGGUUUGCGAACCUUGGUAGUUGCAUAUCGUGUGAUCGGUGAAGAAGAGUACAAAACAUGGCAACUGGAAUUUCUCAAGGCCAAAAAUUCUUUAUCUGCAGAUCGAGAAGCACUGGUAGAUGCUGCAGCUAUUAAGAUCGAGAGGGAUUUGAUGCUUCUUGGAGCCACAGCUGUUGAGGAUAAAUUACAGAAGGGGGUCCCCGAGUGCAUCGACAAGCUUGCCCAGGCUGGAAUCAAGAUAUGGGUUUUAACUGGUGACAAGUUAGAAACUGCAGUCAAUAUCGGGUAUGCAUGUAGCUUGCUGAGGGAGGAGAUGCAGCAGAUUGUGAUCACGCUAGAUACACCUGAAAUCAGUGCAUUGGAGAAACAAGGGGACAAAGAGGCUCUUGUAAAGGCUUCUCUUGAGAGCGUAACCAGACAAUUACACGAAGGAAAUUCUCAAGUUAUUUCAGCAAAAGAAAGUUCCAUUCCAUCAGCUUUAAUUAUUGAUGGAAAAUCCUUGGAUUUUGCUCUUACAAGGAAUCUGGAGAGCUUGUUUCUGGAGCUUGCACUUAGUUGUGCAUCAGUUAUUUGUUGCCGUUCUUCGCCAAAACAGAAGGCUCUUGUUACGAGACUGGUGAAAGUAGGAACUGGUAAAACCACACUAGCCAUUGGUGAUGGUGCAAAUGAUGUUGGCAUGCUCCAAGAAGCUGAAAUAGGAGUUGGCAUUAGUGGCGCUGAGGGAAUGCAGGCUGUUAUGUCCAGUGAUUUUGCAAUUGCUCAAUUUCGGUUUUUGGAGCGUUUGUUGCUGGUCCAUGGCCAUUGGUGUUACAGGCGAAUAGCUAUGAUGAUAUGCUACUUUUUCUACAAGAACUUGGCAUUCGGGUUCACAUUAUUUUUGUUUGAAGCUUUUGCUUCUUUCUCUGGUCAGCCUGCUUACAAUGAUUGGUACAUGUCAUUCUACAAUGUUUUCUUCACUUCGCUCCCUGUUGUUGCUAUUGGUGUUUUCGAUCAGGAUGUUUCUGCACGACUGUGCCUCAAGUAUCCUCUUUUGCAUCAAGAAGGUGUACAAAACAUCCUUUUCAGCUGGCAUCGUAUAUUAGGCUGGAUGCUUAACGGGGUUUGCAGUUCCAUUAUCAUCUUUUUCCUCGUAACUAAUACCAUUCUUCAGCAUGCGUUCCGAGGAGAUGGACGUGUGGCAGGGGCUGAAGAGCUCGGAAUCGUAAUGUACACGUGUGUCGUAUGGACAGUGAACUGCCAGAUGGCGCUCUCUGUAAACUAUUUCACCUGGAUCCAGCAUUUUUUCAUCUGGGGAAGCAUCACCUUCUGGUAUAUCUUCUUGGUCUUUUACGGCUCAGUCCCUCCGGCUGUAUCCACAACAGCUUAUCAGGUUCUACAGGAAACCUGUGCCCCCAGUCCUCUCUACUGGUUGUUGACUGUCAUGGUUGUUGUAUCUGCUCUAUUGCCUUAUUUUAUCUACAAAGCUUUCCAAAGCAAUUUUUUCCCAGUGUAUCACGACAUAAUCCAGAGAUCACGGUUACAAAGAUCCAAGUCUCAAACUGCAAUAGGACUCUGCAGUAGAGUUGAAGAUAAAACCAGGCAUCCGAGUUACAUAUCACAACGUAGAGAAACUUAAAAGGCAUUGUUUUAUAGUCACGAUUUUUGUACCUAUAUAGCUAACAAAGAGUUCCGUUAUUCAUUAUCCUCGUCAUCAUGCAAGUGUAUAUUAGAAGGAUAUGUUGAUUGUAGGUUUUGGGAGAUAAUGUAAAAGAUGGGAUAAGCAGCAGCUGUAAAAUGUAUAUACUGUAAUCAUAUUGUUUGUUACAUAGUAGAAUGUAAAGCUUCUUUCAUUUUC